AUGGCGAGGCCAGGUGGCGAGGCCAGACAGUUGGAGACUGAGAAGUGCAGGAAAAUGUCAAAACCCAGGAGGCUCAAAAUGAAUCCCAGAGCUGUCAUCAGUGAGCCUGUGACGCUGAAUGGCACAGAUGAAUGGACAACUGGGGUGUGUGACUGCUGUGACGAUAUAGCUGAAUGCUGCUUUGCUUUCUGGUGUUGUCCCUGCUUUGCUUGUAAAACCACCAAGACGUACGGUCAGUGUCUCUGCCUUCCCCUGCUGGACAUCUUCGGCUGCAUCCCGCCCGUCACCAUGUCCAUGAGGAGCUCCAUGCGCCAGCGCUACGGCAUCAAGGGCACCAUGUGUAAGGACUGCGUGUUGGCCACUCUGUGUACACCUUGCGUCUGGUGCCAAAUGUCCAGAGAGAUGAAGAAGAGGACGAUCCCCUUCGUCCUGGGGGACAUCGUCCUCAAACGGUGAACGGACAGGUGUCACUUUGACUUCCGCCGAUGUCUGAAGGG